AUAAUUUCUUGAUUUGCUAAUAACUGAAAAAACCCGGAAGUACUUUCACGUAAUUUCCGGUAGCUUCUCUUGAUGCCCUGAGUUACAUUUUCAGGCGCUCCUUGUGAAGGGGGAAGGUAAGAUGUCGGGUGCAGGGGGAGGAAAACGUCCCUCAGGAGGGGACAGUCCCCCUGGCCCACCUGAGAAGAAAAGCAAGAAAGAGGAGAAGACCACCACCACCCUCAUUGAGCCCAUCCGAAUAGCUGGGGUCUCCUCUACGGAGGAGAUGGACAUGAAGGUUCUCCAGUUCAAGAAUAAGAAGCUAUGUGAGCGCUUGGAGCAGAGACAGGCGAUGGAGGAUGAGUUACGUGAAAAAAUUGAGAAGUUGGAGAAGAGACAAGCCACUGAUGAUACCACCCUGCUGAUUGUUAAUCGCUACUGGUCACAGUUGGAAGAAAAUGUGCACGUUCUACGCAAGCGAAUAGAACCUGAGGCUCCAGGGCCAUCUACUCCUGUUGUGCCCUCGGCACCUCUCCCUGACCCCUCACCAAUGGAAGUAGAUGGUGUUACUCUGGCCUCUCCAACAUGUGUGGUGCCUCCACCUCCACUUCCAGAGACUCCGAAUGAGGGGGAGCAAGCAGAUCAGCAGGAGGAAGGUCAAGAAGAGCGUCAGGAGGAGCAGCCACAGCCCCCGCUUCCUACAGGAUCAGAGGAUGUGAUCAAACCUACAGAGCCACCACAGGACUCAAAAACAGAUGCCUCCCCACCCCCUCCUCCCCUAAGUGAGAACGCCAAGGGUUUCCUCACUACCCUGGAGCACAGCAGCGAAGAGGAACUAACCCUGCAACUCCAGGACCGCAUGCAGUUUAGCAAGGGGGCCAUUGCCUGCUUGGUCUGCGUCUUUGACAGACUGCAUAGCUGCAUCGAUGACAUGUGCAAGCUGGCCCAGGCUGCAGUGAGUGAGGAUGAUAGCCAGUCCGAAAUUACCAAUGAGAACCAAACUCUGCACGAUGAGAACACUCGACUGCGAGACCUGGCAACUCUCCUGCAGGGCCGACACCACAAGAUGUCCAUGGAGUACAAUGAGUUGGUGGACAAGGUCACCAGCUCUGAGACAAAGGUGUCUGAGAUGGAGACGACAGUGGAGGACCUGCAGUGGGACAUGGAGAAACUCAGCAACAGGGAGCAAAAGCUCAACAAACAUCUGGCUGAAGCUAUGGAGCAGCUCAAAUCAGGAUACAGCUGCACUGGCAGCUCAGGAGGAUUACCUGGAGGCCAGAUUACACUGAACAUUCAAAAGUUUGAGAGUCUCAAUGCAGAGUUGGAGCACAACCAAGAGUUGGCCAACAGCCGCAUGGCAGAGUUGGAGAAACUGCAGGUGGAGCUCCAGGAGGCUGUUAGGGAGAGUGAGAAGCUCAAGAUGGACUUGCGGAAUAUUCCAGAAGAGGUUGUGAAGGAGACUCUAGAGUAUAAAUGUCUACAGUCCCAGUUUUCCCUGCUGUACAAUGAGUCUCUUGGGGUGAAAACACAGCUGGAUGAGGCUCGGGCCCUCCUGCUGACGACAAAGAACGCCCAUCUGCGACAGAUUGAGCACAUGGAGAGUGAUGAACUGUCACUUCAAAAGAAGCUGAGGACUGAGGUCAUUCAGCUGGAGGAUACGCUCGCCCAGGUGCGCAAAGAGUACGAGAUGCUCCGAAUCGAGUUUGAGCAGAAUCUGGCAGCUAAUGAGCAAGCAGGGCCAAUCAACAGGGAGAUGCGACACUUGAUCAGCAGUCUGCAGAACCACAACCUACAGCUGAAAGGAGAUGUGCAGCGCUACAAGAGGAAGUUGCGGGAAACCCAGAUGGAGAUCAACAAGUUACGCUGUCAGAGCAGCGACGCCGGGGUUCUGAUACUAGAGGAGACAACGAGUGACAGCAUGGACGUGAAAAAAGAGGAUGAUGAAGACCAAGAGGAGGAGGAGGAGAGGAGGAAGGAGCUGGAGAGGCAGAGGGCCCGGGAGAGAGAGAGGGAGAGGGAGGCUGAGCGAGAACGAGAGAGGGAGCGGGAGAGAGAGAGGCAGCGCAGCGACGAGAUGAAGAGGAAGGACUCGGACACACUCAAGAUGCUCAGAGUGGAACUUAAGAAAGCCCAGGAGUCCCAGAAAGAGAUGAAACUUUUGUUGGACAUGUACAAGUCAGCUCCAAAGGAGCAGAGGGACAAAGUACAGCUCAUGGCAGCUGAACGGAAAGCUAAAGCUGAGGUUGAUGAGUUGAGGAUGCGGGUGCGAGAGCUGGAGGAGAGGGAGAGGAAGGAGAGCAAGAAGCUGGCGGAUGAAGACGCCCUCAGGAAGAUCCGAGUGGCUGAGGAGACCAUCGAGCACCUUCAGAAGAAACUUGCUGCUACUAAGCAGGAAGAGGCCCUGCUGAGUGAGAUGGAUGUGACAGGCCAGGCCUUCGAAGACAUGCAGGAGCAGAACAGCCGCCUGCUGCAGCAGCUACGCGAGAAAGACGACGCCAACUUCAAGCUGAUGAGUGAGCGGAUCAAAUCUAACCAGAUCUACAAGCUGCUGAAGGAGGAGAAGGAGGAGUUAGCAGACCAAGUUCUCACAUUUAAAACACAGGUUGAUGCCCAGCUGCUGGUGGUGCAGAAACUAGAGGAGAAAGAGGGCAUUCUUCAGAGCACGCUCGCCGCUUUGGAAAAGGAGCUGGCUGUCCGGACACAAGCACUGGAACUGAACAAGAGAAAGGCGGUGGAAGCUGCCCAGCUGGCAGAGGACCUGAAGGUGCAGCUGGAACAUACACAGGCCAAGCUUAAGGAAAUCCAGGUCUCUGUGGCAGAGAACCGCACCGCCCGGGAGAGGGAGAGCAGCAACCUGAAACGAGCACAGGAGGACCUGUCCAGGCUGAGACGGAAGCUGGAGAAGCAGAAGAAAGUGGAGGUGUACUCUGAUGCUGAUGAGAUCCUGCAGGAGGAGAUCAACCAGUACAAGGCCAAGCUGCGCUGCCCCUGCUGCAACACCCGGGACAAGGAGACGGUGCUCACCAAGUGUUUCCACGUGUUCUGCUACGAAUGUCUAAAGAUGCGUUACGACACCCGACAGAGGAAGUGCCCUAAGUGCAACUGUGCCUUUGGAGCCAACGACUUCCACCGCAUCUACAUCACCUAAUCCUCAGAGGUGGAGGGGUGGAAAAAGAAGAAAGUAGACAGAACCAAAGGAGGGAGAAGAGUAGAGAAAGGACACAGGGACUGGAGAUUGAUUUAAAGACAGUGUGGGGAUAUCAAAUGAGUGAUUCCCUGCUUUAAUCUCUCAUUGUAAGACUUUGUUUUCCUGCAUCAUCAUUGCCACACUGGUGACCAAACAGAUAGCAUUGUGCUGUAGUUAAUAAACACAGUUGUUUGUGAACAUGAUAAUGCUGCACUUGAGCUGCUCUGCACUGUUUUUCCUGUCCUCCUCAUUCUUGUAACGUUGAACAUCUUUUUUUAUUUUUUUUUAUACAAACAUGGCCCCCUUUUUUAACAUGUCUAGUUUUUUGUUUAAUGUAUCAAGAAACUUCAAACUGCAGUGGUUGAGCCCCCUGAAGCGUUUUUGUGAGUCGUUUUGUCCUGCUGCUUUUGAAAACCAUGUGAAAAAAAACAGUGAAGCUGAAAUCUAAACUUCAUAAUUAAAAGAAGCCAUCCUCUUCAGACUGGAGGAUUGCAUGUGAAAAACUCAA